CAUGUGAUCAAGGAACAGAACAUGUUGGAUGUGUUUGUUAUUAUAGAAGGCUAUUGCCGUCUUCUGAUUGAAAGGAUCAUGCUAAUCAAAAACUGCAAAGCAUGUCCUGGUGAACUCAAGGAGGCAAUAGCAAGCUUGAUCUUUGCAGCAUCCAGAUAUGGACAAUUGCCAGAACUGCAGAAGAUUCGUGGGGUUUUAGCGUCGAAAUAUGGGAAGCAAUUUGACAGUUGUGCUGUUGAACUACGCAACAACUGUGGAGUAAAUCCUAAGAUGGUAAAGAAGCUUACAAUCCGACGCCCAGGCUUGGGAACGAAAUUGAAGGUGCUAAAGGAAAUUGCUGCUGAAAAUGGAGUCACUCUACGUAUAGAAGGAGAAGCUGCUUCUGAAGUCACUGAGGACAACAUGAAGCUAAUAGAAUCAACUAAAUUUAGUGAACAUAAGGUAGAAGAUGAUGGUCCUGAAGAGAUAAAACCUGACAAGAAAUUCUCUAGAUCUAUGAAAGCAAGGAAGAAGUAUGAAGACAUAGUAACGGCAGCCCAAGAAGCUUUUGUAAUGGCAGCUCAUGCAGCAGCCGCUGCCAGAGCUGCUGUACAACUCGCACAAAUUAAAUUGCACGGAGAAGAUCACGAUGAUCAGAACACUUCCACUCAACAAGAAAAGUACCUAUUCAACCUUGAUGAAUUCCGGAAGCCAGAGCUGAGAAUCGCUGAAUGCGCAACUUCAAAGGAGAUCCAUGCCAUUGACAUCAGUCCCGAAUCAACAGAUAGAGAAAUUGAUGAAGAUAACGAGUGUAUAAGCUGUACUAGAGAGUGUGAUCAUAGCUAUACGAAAGCAGCGAUGGAGGAGGUUCCAUCUACCUCGAGUUUAGAUUCAAGUGGAGACACAGAGAGUGAUUUGACUAUAUAUUCAUAUAUAGUAGGCCAAAAUCAACCGUCAGAUAACGAAAUCAACCAUGAUGUAAAGGAGGAAAAACAAGAUACAAUCCGGUGUUUUGAACGCCACGAUUUUGAUAAGAAUUUUAGCUUCCUCACAAACGAAAUCCCCAAAUCCGGAGUUUUCAAUGCUGAGAAAGAUGAUGAGGACGAGGAUGAAGAAAAUGUGGCACUCAAGUAUGAGUCUUCAAAAUGGUGGGUACCAUCGAAAAUUCGGCCUGACCCUGUGGAAUACUCUGUGCAAGAGAGAACUGUGUUGGGAAGCACAGAUUCCUCGGAUUCUGCAGUGAAAUUGCAUUCAAACAGAGGGAGGAGGCCAAUUUCAGUUAGAACUAGAAGAACACUCAAGUCUUUAGGUAUAUGAAUUACAGUUUUGGUUUUGAAGUGUUAUUAAUUACUGCGGUUUGUGUGUGGUUUGUCUGUCUUUCCAUGUAAUGUAUGGUCGUGUAUGGUAAUUAUUAUUAGUAUGGUGAUUUGCCAUUUGGGAAUGAAAAAUGAGUUGUUUCAUAAAUUUGUACUUCUUGAUCUAGUGGUUGGGGUAAGUGUUUAUUUUUUUAUUUUUAACAAUA